CUCGGCUCUUGGCUUGAGGUGUCCUUCGCUAUAAACCAAUCCAUUCGUCCAUCGUUCACCACUCGCCCCUCACCACGAUGCUUCUCCGAUCGACCCUCGCCAUCUUCUCCCUCGCGGCGACCGCUGCCGCGAGCGCCAUCCCCCGAGCAAACGGCAACUGCACCAGCCCGACCGUCCGCAAGGAGUGGCGCGAGCUCACCAAGACCGAGAAGGCCGAGUACCUCCGUGCCGCCGUGUGCUUGCGCGAGCUGCCCAAGGAGAAGUACGAGUGGAUCGACGCCGUCACCACGCGCAUGGACGACUUGGUGUACACGCACUAUAUCCUCAAUUCGGAGAUCCACUUCGUGGCCAACUUCCUCCCGUGGCACCGCUGGUAUGUGCAGCUGCACGAGAACCUGCUGCGCACUGAAUGCGGCUUCAAGGGGGUCCAGCCGUACUGGGAUUGGAGCAUCGACGCCGACGCCGUCGACAUGCCCAACUCGCCUCUCUUUGACCCCGUCACCGGCUUCGGCGGCGACGGCAAGCGCACCGGCAGCAGCGAAGUCGGCUACGAGCGCUGCGUGAUCGACGGCCCAUUUGCCAACACGAACCUGACGCUGGGUCCGGGGUGGCCCUAUUCGGCUGACAUUGGCGAUCGCCCGCACUGCUUCACGCGCGAGUUCAACGGUGGUUGGGGCAACGAUGAAAACGGCGACCCGAUUAUUGGCGACAUGCAAGCAAGCGCGUACAACUCCAAAGUCAUGAACACCAUCUACAGCUUCGACAACUUUGCCGACAUGGUCAGCAUGCUCGAGGGAUUGCCGCACGCACAGGUCCACAGCGUCAUCUUUGGCGACAUGGGCCCCGCCACCUCGCCCAACGAGCCUCUCUUUUUCCUACACCACGCCAACAUUGACCGUGCCUGGGCCAAGUGGCAGGGCCGCAACGCCACCCGCCUGGCUGAUUACACCGGCUUCCAAGACCCCGACCGGUCCAUUCCGGCCUCGAUCACCGACGCUAUGCCCGUCAUGGCGCUUGCUGACACUGAGCCCGUUGUCAAGGACUACAUGGAUACGCAGGCCGGCCCUCUGUGCUACACCUAUUCGUCCAUGUAAAUGCGAUGUUGGCAUUUGGCUUGAGCCCGACUCCUUGAAAGCGCCCGCGAGCGGGGCGGGCGGGGGAACUGUAUAUAUAACCC